AAACAGGGAGAACUCACCGCGUCAAGAUGUCCAAGGAAUCUUUGUCUCUGAUGCUCAUUUUCCAAAUGCUGCGGGUUUACGUUACAGAACCCGAGCCCUCUCUGUCUCAGGGCCCCAUCAUAAUGACAGCUGAAGUCGGAGACACGGUGGAAUUAACCUGUCAGUACACUUACGAAGUGGGAUUGGUGUCUAGAUAUUUCUGGUACAAACAGCGUGUGGGUGAAGCCCCGAAAACAAUCGACAUCCAGUCUUGUCAGGGGGCCGACUGCCAGUGUAUUUCCAAAAACGGCAACAGCAAAAAUGCAUUAAUUUUGGAAAUUCGAAAUGUCCAGGUAAAUGACUCGGGUUCCUACUAUUGUGCUGAUAAGGCUGGCUCUGCAGGGCUCCAGAAUGGAUCCACACUGCUGGUUGGAGACAGUUUCACCUACAAGACGGCUGUGCUGGUGUUUGUCCCGCCGGGUGAGCUGCAUUUGGGGGAAACUGCGCCCUUAGUGUGUUUGGUCAGUGGAGUUUCUUCCAACCAGGUUGCUAUUUUCUGGAACAUUUCCUACCUGGUCACUGAGGGACCGAGAGAUCCCGGUACAAUGGAGGCGGACGGGACCUACAGUAUCAGAAGUCAUGUCAUGGUGUCGAGGGAAACCUUGAGAAGCGGCUGUGUCUGCACCUGUAUUGUUCAACUUGGGUAUCCAGGCAAAUAUUUGACAAAAAGCGUGUCGUUCCCCAAAGCAGCAGAGCCAGGGACAGGAGAACGAGACAAGAGAUUCCACAUUGAAAAGUGA